UCUUAACGAAAAAGAAAAGAAGGUAGGUCACUUCCCAAGUAUUAGAACCCAGACCAGAAAAAAAUCUCAGAAUCAAUUUUUGAAAAUCAAAUCAAAACCCUAGUUUUUUCAUCAGAAUGUUUAGGAACCAGUACGACACAGAUGUAACAACAUGGAGUCCAGCCGGGAGAUUAUUCCAGGUGGAGUACGCCAUGGAAGCAGUAAAACAGGGUUCAGCAGCUAUUGGACUUAGAUCUAAAACUCAUGUUGUCUUAGCAAGUGUUAACAAAUCUAAUUCUGAAUUAUCUUCGCAUCAGAAGAAGAUAUUCAAAGUUGAUAAUCAUAUCGGUGUUGCGAUUGCUGGUCUUACUGCUGAUGGUAGAGUUUUGUCUAAAUAUCUUAGAUCUGAAUGUAUCAACUAUGGAUUCACUUACGAGUCUCCUCUUGCUGUUGGGAGAUUGGUUGUUCAGUUAGCUGAUAAAGCUCAGGUUUGCACCCAGAGGUCAUGGAAACGUCCAUAUGGUGUUGGUCUGCUUGUAGGAGGAUUGGAUGAAUCAGGAGCACACCUCUACUACAAUUGCCCAAGUGGGAACUACUUCGAAUACCAGGCCUUUGCUAUUGGGUCUCGCUCGCAGUCUGCUAAAACUUACUUGGAACGCAAAUUUGAGUCCUUUGCCAACUCUUCCCGUGAUGAUCUGAUCAAAGAUGCACUCUUUGCAAUCAAGGAAACUUUACAAGGAGAGAAGCUAACAAGUUCAAUCUGCACUGUUGCUGUUGUUGGUCUUGAAGAGGAUUUCCACAUUUUGGAUCAGAAAACUAUACAAGAGUUUAUCGAGUUGUUAGAAAUAAGGGAAGAGGCGCCCGUGCAAGAAGAAGCUGGUCAGGAUGGUGGUGCAGUUAUGCAGGAGGACAGGAGUCCAGAAGUGCCUCCUCCAGCUCCAAUGGACAUUGGAGAUCUGUAAGAGAAGCGGUUGCAUUGCUUUGAAGGAGGACUUCGAUAGUUUCUUUCACGAUUGUAUGGAGGACAAGAUAUACUCUCCUUUUGUUUCCAUGGUUCCAUUGUUCUUUUUACCUACCUCAUUUUUUGGAGAACAAUUAGAACCUCGCCCCGAUUGUAAAAAGUAGUUACGAGAUAAAACUGUUGGAUUUUUCUAACGAAUUGCGCAAAUGUUAAAACAACAAAGGGGUACUGGAGUUUUUACCUGAUCAUAAAUCUUUUUAAUUUAACAUAAUGAUAUCUUGACAAA